UUAUUUAAGUAUUCUACCUUCCUCUUCUCUAUAAUUUUCUUCACUUCUCUCCACAAAAUAAGAGAAAGAAAAUAAAAUGGUAGGAGAAAGUAGCAAAAAGAGGCCAUUAGAGGAACCAAGUCACCAAAAUCAACAUUUAAACCUCAGAAUUAAAUCCCAGGAUGGAUCAUUUGUACAUUUCAAAGUCAAGCCUACUUCAGUUAUGAAAGAGAUAUUCAAGGCAUAUGUUAAGAGUAAACAAAUAUUGGAGUAUAAAACAUUUAGGUUUUUGUUCAAUGGAAAACGCAUUUAUUCUAAGAAGACUGUAAAUGAAUCGGGAUUAAAAGAUGAUGAUGAAAUUGAUGCUAUGAUGUAUCAACACGGAGGAGGGCAUGUAUGUUGUGUUUCUGAGACGACAACAAUAACAACAAACUUAAUGUAAUUCUAUUAAUUGUGGUUAUGAGACGAUGGCAUAAAAAUGAAGAAGAUAUAAAUACGUUGCGACUAAUUGGCUAUAUUCUGCUUUUUAUUAGAUUUUCUGAAGGAACAAAAAAGUAGUAUAGUAGUAUUGAAUAAGUUCAUGUGCCCAAGGAAUGUCAAUGUUUGUAAUAGUUUCUAUUUAAUAUAAUUAUCUUAGUUACCAUGCUGCUUUGAGCAGGUUGUAAGGCACUAUUUAUUAGAGGGUUACUACUAUAUAUUAUUAUCUCUUUUAUUUUA